AGUAGAAAGCCGCAGCAGCUGCGCUCGGUCACUCAGUUCAAGAUGGCGGACGUGGAUGGUGAGUGUGCGGCACGUUUUUCUGGAUCACCUUAAACUUUAAUAAUUUUACUUUAUUAAGUAUCAAAGUUGUUUUUACUUUAACUUUUGCAUGAAAACUGGUUCACUUUUGCAGACUGAACCUGUUAACACUGACCGUCGUUAAAAUGACCGAAGUCUGUUUCCGUUCAUGUCAGAACCUCGUUGAGAUAAAAACAAAUUAAAACAUAUUUUAAUUAAAAUCAAAGUUUGUCGGUCAGAGGGUUAAAAUCUGUUUUAUUUCUUUAAGAUUUUUCACGCGGUGAUAUUUCGGCGCGUGUCUCGCGCUCUCUCGUGCAGUCUUGUGUGUUUUUUGAGCUCGUGGGCCUUAGGUUGGUUACCUGCAGGAGCCACGUGAGCUGGAGCAGAAUUACCGUUUAGAUUAAGCAGAUUCUGACUGAAAUCAGCGAACAAGUAGAGUUUAAAUGAGUAAAAUAAUGAUAUUUGGAGAUAAAUCUGAGUGAAGGUUAAAGCGCGUUUUCACAGGAUGAAGGUCUCCUCUUCCUCUUCAUCAUCAUCAUCAUCCUCUUCUUCUUCUUAAACGGUUUUAAUUGAUCAGCUUAUUGACUCAUUUCUAUUUAACUGACAGAAUUAACAGUCAUUAAUAAUCACCCGUUUCCACGUUUUAAGUGUUUUUACAGGCUGUUAGCUCUUAGUUAGCCGCCUGAUGCUAAUAACCACGUGUUGAAGAAGACGCCACGUGCGCUGCUGCUCUGACGUCAAUUUAACGGAGACUAAAAACUUUAAAAAACAAGAAAUAAAAAACACGAUAUUAGUGAAAAUCUUUUAAGUGAAGAGAAUUAUCCGCUUUUGUUUCUCUGUUUUAAUAUCAUGUGUGUUUUUUUUCUGCAGUUAUUAAAAAGAAAAAGAAAACGAAGAAAGUCAGCGAUGAAGAAGUCGGGGUGAGUCAAACUUACGUGUUUUUGAUUUAUUUUCUUUUUUAUUGAUUUCACAGAUCAACAUUUUACAUUAUUGAUCAAAUCUCCAGCUGUAAAGACUAUUUUCAUAUUUCUCCACGGUGGAGCAGAGACACAGUCGGACAUAAACUCUUAAAGUUUCAGUAGAAUAACUGAAGUAAAAUCAAACUCUUUUCACUCUUGUCCUUUUUUCACUCCUCUCUCUUUUAUUGUCUCUUUUCUCCUGUUGGAGGGUAAACAGAAUAAACAUAAUAAACAAAUGAACAAGUUUGAACCAAGGGGAUCAAUAAUCUAUAAUACACACUGUCUUUACUGCACAAAGUCUGAGACACAAAAUCAACUCAGUUUUUCCAGGAGUUUUUAAAAGUUUCUGUUUUUAGUCGAGAUGAGAAAGUCAGCUUCUCCUGAUUCUUUAUUUAUCGAUCAAUUACCUCAAAUCCUCCGUUUUUGGUUCAUCUGUUUUUAGACAUUUUCUACUGACGGUCUUUUAGCGUCACCAACAUGAUUGUAAAUCUGUGUUUUUCUCCUGACCUUCUUAUCUCCUGGUCGUCUUCACAAAUAUAACACUUCAAAUCUAAGUGGAAAAUGCACUAUAUUUUCCAUACUCUUCUUUAAUCAGGUAUAAAACCAGAGCAUCCCCAAAAAAUAUGAAAAUGAUCGGCCUUAUUCUCCCGACAACGUCUCCAACAUGGUGUCUGUUUUAUUGGCGUAAAGAAAUUAAUGUCUUUUAUUGUUAUUAUUUUUUUUAUUCUAUUUUUUUAUUAUUUUUAAUUAUUAUUAUCAUCAUUAUUUUUAUUUCAAUUUUAUUCUUUUUUAACUAUUAUUGUUGUCAUUAUGUUAUUUUUACAGUUUUUUCGAUUAUUUUUAUAUUUUUACUCCUUUAUUAUUAUUAUUAUUAUGUCAUUUUUAUUCUAUUUUUUAUUUUAUUUUUACUCUUUUUAUUAUAAUAAUAAUAAUAAUAAUAAUAAUUAAUGAUUAUUUACCUCUGUUUUUGUGUGUCAGGAGAUCCAGCAGAGCGGAGAUUUCCUCAUCCAGCCCGAGUCUAAAGUCGCCUCCUUGGACACGUCGCAUUGGCCGCUCUUACUGAAGGUAAACUCGGCGUUCUCACCUGUAGAUUGUGGGCGUGGCUACCUGUUCAGGAGGGUCUUUAAUUUAAACUCCUCAGCCUGUGAAAUGAUGAGCCAGUUUAUCCAUUCUCUGAGCGGCUGUUUUUGUCACAGUCUGUAGCUCCGCCCUCGUUCUGGGGGCGGGGCCUCUCCCCGCUGCAGCGACGGUGUCACUCCGGCGUUCUGCUGGCGGUGACCCGAAGCUGAAGGGAGGGAAGGACGCGACACGGCGGCUGCCGAGACGAUUGUUUGUUCUGAUCACAUGACGCUGAGACAGUCGGAGUAAAAUUAGUCAGUUUGGGGUUAAUACACGGCGACUUAGAGACGGCGCCGAGACGCACACGCAUCAUAAUAAAGACGAUGAUUUUAACGACGUUCUUCUUCCUGCAGAACUUCGACAAACUGAACAUCCGGACGGCGCACUACACUCCGUUACCGAACGGCAGCAACCCUCUGAAGAGGAACAUCCACGACUAUGUCAGGUCAGCCACGCCUUCUGAGCGCUCCACACGACGCUAACACGCUAACGUAGGGCUGACGGUGGUUCUACUUCCUGUUUCCUGUCAGGUCCGGCUUCAUUAACCUGGACAAACCCGCAAACCCGUCAUCUCACGAGGUGGUGGCGUGGAUCAGGAGGAUCCUGCGGGUGGAGAAGACGGGUCACAGCGGGACGCUGGACCCCAAGGUCACGGGCUGUCUGAUCGUCUGCGUGGAUCGAGCCACACGAUUGGUCAAGUCUCAGCAGAGCGCCGGUAUGCUCCGAUUUCCUGUUUCUACCGCCAGAGGUUUAAGCGUAGCCUGAGUCUCCACCCACCCACCCGGCGGGCCGACGGCGGGCGGCGUGUGAGCACAGUAAACCCAGCGGCCCCCCUCACUACUCUCUGUGUGUGUGUUGCAGGUAAAGAGUAUGUGGGGAUCGUUCGGCUGCACAAUGCCAUAGAGAGCGAGCACGCUCUGGCCCGGGUAAGUCCCCGAGCGACCCGCCGCCACGAGUGAAUUUAAGCUAACGCUAAUUAACCCUAAGUAACGCUAAUUAACGCUAACCCCGAUCAGAGAGACGAGAGUUAAUGACCGAGGUCCAGAGGGUUCAGGGGUCCAGAGGGUUUAGGGGUCCAGAGUCGGAGCCCCUCCCUCUCACCUGAAGACUAAAGUUAAACAGAGGUCAAACCAAGGUCAAAGUUCCUCCUCAGUCUGAAAUCAAGUUUACGAGGUUUUACUGAAAUAUGAGCAUGAACUGAAACCGAGGGGGCGUGUCUCUGAAUGGACCGUUUGCUCAUGUGAUCGGUCAUGUGACGUCUGACUCUCACGUCUGCAGGGGUUGGAGACGUUGACGGGCGCUCUGUUCCAGCGGCCGCCGCUGAUCGCCGCGGUGAAACGUCAGCUGAGAGUCCGAACGAUCUACGAGAGUAAACUGAUCGAGUACGACCCGGAGAGGAGGCUGGGUAAGAGCGGUGAUGUCACACAGGAAGUUCAGUCAGCUGUUGGUAGGGGAAGGUCCCGCCUCCUUCGCCUCUGAUUGGCUGUGAAACGUCAUCACACGCUGAACAUCGAACAUAACAUUGUCUUAAUUAACCAAUCAGAGCCCAGCACUUCUAGCCAAUCAGAGGUGAAGGAGGCGGGACCUUCCACUCACCUGGAUGAUGUCAGAGGUCACAUGACUCGUUGUUGCAGGUAUCUUCUGGGUGAGCUGUGAGGCGGGAACCUACAUCCGGACUCUGUGCGUCCACCUGGGUCUGAUGCUCGGGGUCGGAGGUCAGAUGCAGGAGCUCCGGAGGGUGCGGUCCGGCGUGCUGGGAGAGAAGGUGAGUGCGACUUCCUGUUGACCUCUGACCUGACCUCAGUGACCUCAAAGUGUUGAGUUCAGGCCCGCUGGUUGGUGCCGGUCUGCUAAUGAAUCUUUGAGACAGAAACCUGCAGCCGAGACUCGGAGUCCGCCGUCGUGUCGGACCGCGGAACCUCAACGCUGCUGACAUCACUGUGACGUCACGCCUGCUGCCGCUGAUGUCAUCGGCGUCGCACGGUCUCAGUCAGCUGUUUGUUUGUUUUCAGGACCACAUGGUGACGAUGCACGACGUCCUGGACGCUCAGUGGCAGCUGGACCACAACAAAGACGAGGCGUACCUGCGGAGGGUCAUCUUCCCGCUGGAGAAGCUGCUGGUGUCCCACAAACGGAUCGUGAUGAAGGACAGCGCCGUGAGUCUUCGCCGUCUCCUAAUCCACCGCCGCCGCGUCCGAGUCAGCUGACAGUUGAGUCUCUAAAAUAGCCGUGACUCACGCCGCUCUCAUGUCUGCAGGUCAACGCCAUCUGUUACGGGGCGAAGAUCAUGCUGCCCGGCGUCCUCAGGUACGAAGACGGCAUCGAGAUGAACCAGGACAUCGUCAUCAUCACGACGAAGGGCGAGGCCAUCUGCACAGGUGAGUGACGGCGCCGCACAGGUGUGGUCUGUUCAGGUGUGACGCCACAUGAUGAGUUUAGAUGCGUCAGCAGCCCACGGGCCGUGGUGACCUUCUAUCUAUCACCCUUUUCUGAUGGCGGUGCGCUCACCUGUCCGCCCGAGGUCACGAGUGCGUUCAGUGAUGAUGACUUUGACCUUCUUCCUCCAGCUGUGGCGCUCAUGACGACCGCGGUGAUCUCCACCUGCGAUCACGGCGUGGUCGCCAAGAUCAAGAGGGUCAUCAUGGAGAGGGACACGUAUCCUCGGAAGUGGGGUCUGGGACCGAAGGUGAGGUCAUCGAUCGCCGAUCAGACGCCGUCAGAGCUGUGACCUCAGAGCGAUCAAUAAAGUUUGAUUUGUUUCUCCGAUCAGGCGUCGCAGAAGAAGAUGAUGAUCCAGAAAGGACUUCUGGACAAACGCGGGAAACCGAACGGCAGCACGCCGGACGACUGGAAGAGCGCGUACGUAGACUACAGGUACGAGUCACCUGAGGGGGCGGGGCCACUUCACGCUCUGCAGACAGUUAUCCCUCACCGCGCUGGCGUGCUCUCUGAGGGAGUCAGUCUGCUACAGAAACUCUCAGCUGUGAGCGCCGGCGGUCGCGCUGUCCGCUCGGCCGCCGCUCACCUGAGGACACUGAUGAUGUCACAACACCUGUGGUGACAUCACUGCUGGUUAUUGUCCAAUUGUCAAACAGGAUGUGAUUAAACUGGUUAAUUAGUUAUAAAUCAGUUUAACUUCAGAGGUGAUUAAAGGUGGAAUAUUAAAGGUGUGUCUCCUCGUUUUAACAGCAGAGGGCGCCGUCUGUCCGUCUGUCCUCUUAUUGGACAUUUUAACGUUUUUAAUCCUGUUUUUUUUUUCUUCGUCAACAGCGUCUCUAAACCGACACAGGAACCAGGCGACACGACAGCGAAGGUAAACUCACCUUUACUGUCAACCAAUCAGCUGAGAGAAUGUUUAAUUAACGACAGACACCAAAGUGACCACCAGGGGGAGUCAGAGCUCAUCAGUCUGUUGUCACAUGACUAUGAUGUCACAGUGGCUGGUUGUAGACGCCCCACAGAAUUAUUAUUUUUUUGGAUGGUAGGGGAAGGUCCCGCCCUCCUUUGCUCUGAUUGGAUAGAAGUGCUGGGCUCUGAUUGGUUAUAAUUUAUGGCUGUGAAUCGUCAUUGUCUCUCUGACCUUUGACCCCACCUGUGUCCCGCAGAGGAAGAGGGCGGAAACUGAAAACGAUGAGGAGCCGGAGGCGGUGCCCGACACGCCGUCUGCGGAGGAGGUGAAGAAGGAGAAGAAGAAGAAAAAGAAGGAGAAGAGAGCAAAGCUGGAGGAGGAGGAGACGGGGGCGGAGCCAGAGGAGACGACAGCAGAGGUUGAGACAGAGGUGAGCGUUCGCAGGUCCAUGAGGUCUGAUGUUCAGAGACGUGUGAAACAUUUCAGUCUGUUUUAAAUAAAAAUGUCCGCCGUUCCUGCAGGUCGCUGACGAAAGCACGAAGAAGAAAAAGAAGAAGAAGAAACAGAAAGAAAGUGAAACAGCAGAGUGACCACGGACCGCCCACAGAUGCAUCAUGGGAAUAAUUAUGGACUGCACAAAUGCGCAGAAAAGAGGACGUUUGUUUUUUUCUAUAAAGUGAAAAGUUUUUAUUUCUGUUGUAAAUAACAUGUUUGUAAUUUCAAAAUAAAAGUUUUGUUUUCUGUAAUAAGAGUGUUUUAUUUUCACGGGUCAUCAGAGUCUAAACAACAGAAAACAUGAACUGACCAAUCACAGAGGAGGGGACAGUCUGCUGCUGUCACAUGACCCACUCAGUGAGCGGGUUCUGGUUCCUGUUAGCACACCGACAGGUUCUCGUGGCGCUUCGAUUUAUUUAUUAACACUUUAUUGACAUUAAGACACUGAAGGAGGGGGUGAGAGAGUACCGAGUUGUUUUAAACUACAUUACCCAGCAUGCAGCAGUAAGACAGUGGCUUCAUUAAGGCAUGUGUAAGAUUAAUGCGUUCAGGUUACCGUGUCAGAGGUCCGAGCUGAAAAUGUCGUCACACCAGAGUUCUCAGCGUUUCAGUUACUGAGUCGGAAAAAAGCGAAAUCGGAGAAACAAGAUGGCGACGUCUACGAACGUUACUUUAGCGCUUACCUUGUCUGAAUAUAAGGCAAGCGCUAAAAUUUAGUUUCGUUAAGUUUAGGUGGAUUUAGAUUAGUUAAGUUAGGGUUAAACUAGUUUAGUUAAAUUUAGGUUAGUUAGGUUUAGUUUAGGUUAGUUAUGUUAAUUAGUUAGUUUAGUUAAUUUAAGCUUAAUUUAGUUUAUUUAAGUCAAGCUCCGACGUCUGACUUUCGAGGCGCAUAGCGAGCGCUAAAAUAACUUUUGUUACCCAGUUGGAAAAAAACAAAAUCAGGUUGAAUAUGAAAGUUAUUUUAGCGCUUGUCUAAUAUUCAGACAAGGCUAGCGCUAAAGUAACGUUCGUAGACGUAGACAUCUUGUUUCUCCGAUUUUGCCUUUUUUCCGACUCAGUAACUGAAACGCUGCGAACUCUGGUGUUUCGUCAUUUUCUUCUCCGACGUGAUUCCGAGGAAACUCGAAACGCAGCAUAACGAUCAAAAACAUCAGCUGCUCUGUGAUUGGUCAGACACAGUCACAGCUGAGCGGGUCACUGUGUGAGCUGGUGAUGACUCGAACCCUGUGAUUGGUCUGAUUCUGCAGGUCAGAGGUCAGCUGCUGCAGGCGAGGACUCGGUCCGUAGAUGACCCAGCUGGGGUCACUCGGGUCGGGUCUGUAGAACGAGUCCAGAACCUCGAGAGUGUGAAGACGCUGCAGCUGCUGCAGGGACAGGAGGUCGGCGUCCGACACGUGUUGAUGUCUGAAGACGAAAAAAAACAACAUUUUAACUUCCUGUGACGGGAUUCAGGAUCCAGAGGUCAGGUGACGCUGACUCACCUGAUCCGGAGCGUCCUCAGGUGAGGGAACAGCUGUGGGAGGAGCCUGACCAGGUUGGAGGAGGAGCUCCAGGGCUCCAGGUGAAGGUGUUCCAGGUGAGGAACUCUGAGGGAGACCACCUGAAGAUCUUCAGGCUGCAGGUCCACACAGAGCACCAGACUCAGGAGGGAGGACGGCAGGAAGUCAGCGUACGCCGCCAGAGGGUGGCCUCCUAUUGGAUGGACAGAGUGAGGUCAUCGUGACAUCAUUAAUGAACAACGGAACGACGUCCAAUCAAAAAGGUGACGGGCUCACCUGAACCCGAUUCUAACGAACUCUGAGGUUAAAGUCAAAGAAGGUCAAAGUUCAUGAACUGACCGUGAACGCUGAGGCUGCGGAGCUGCUGCAGCGACGUCAGCCACGUCCUCAGGUGACAGGUGGGCCCGGGUACGGAGUACAGGUGAAACACCGACAGGCUGUGCAGGUUCGACAGAGGCUGCAGGACCUCCGCCGUCACCACGGCGUCGUAGUUCAACAGCUGCAGGUCAGACAGCUUCAGAGGAGCGCCACCUGGUGGACAACAGGACAGCACACCUGGUUUUACAAUCGAGGUCUUUACCUGGAACCGUCGGACAAACAUCAGCACACCUGUCUGAGGUCAAAGUUCAGGUUUAAAGGUGAGAAAAUGAGGAUUAAAGGAGGGAGAAAAAAAGACAAAAAAACACCUGAACCUAAAAAAGAUUCUCUCUUUUUGGACUAAAAUCAUAUUUACAUUCUGACCGUUCAAAUUAGUGAGAUUUUUAAAGUUAAUUAACACAAAUUUAAUGAACGAGGAGUGAAGUCGUUUAAAGUCGUUUAAAGUCACAGACUGAACAAGAAUAACGUCUUAAAUCCACCAAAUUAAACUUCACAGGUUAUUUUACAGUCCGAGGUCCGAGGAAGGUCCCGCCUCCAUCACCUCUGAUUGGCUGUGAAACAUCAUCACAUGCUCAAUCCGAGCGCAGGCUGUCGGCUCUGAACAUCAAACAGAAAAUUAUCGCAAUUCUCCGAACCCGACAGACGACGACGUUUCACAGCCAUAAAGAAUAACAGACCGGAGCCUGGCAAUUCUGGCCAAUCAGAGGCGAAGGAGGGCGGGACCUUCCCCUACCAUUACUCUUCUGUUCCCACAGAGGGCGCCAAAUCAACCGACUGUAAAAAUGAUUCUGACUUGAUCGAUCAUGAUGACAUCGUAACGCCGUGUUCGAGGUUCCUCGGAGGUCAGAUGUCGGAGCUGAAAAUGACGUCACACCGGCGUUUCGGUUACCAAGUCAGAAAAAAUCAAAAUUGGAGGCGGAAACAAGAUGGCGACAUCUACGAAAGUUAUUUUGGCGCUUGCCUCAUAUCCGGACAAGACAAGCGCUAAAAUAACUUUCGUUAUUCCGAUUUCGCUUUUUUCCGACUUGGUAACUGAAAACUCGGUGUGACGUCAGUUUCAGCUCCGAGGAAACUCGAACGCAGCGUAAGUUCUCUCUAAUACGAUUGGACGCGCUCCCUUUCCUGUGCAUGUGUGUUUACCUGUGGGGUGGGCGGAGCUGAAAAAGUCAUGUGACAGCGUCUUGUAGGUGACCAUGGUGCACGACAGGUGCGUGAGCUCCGACAGGUGAUUCAGGACGCCGCUGAGGGUGGGGACCCUCAGACUGCCGUCAUGAUGCAGCACCAGAGAGGUCAGACGGGUCAGCUGACUGACGACCGCCAACAGGUGAGAGGUCACACAGGUGAGCUGCAGGUUACACAGACUGAGCUGAGUCAGCUGAUGACGCAGAGGAAACAGGAAGUCAAGGCUUUUCAGGGGAGUGAAACAGGAAGUGACUGACAAACACUUGAGCUGGCAGAACAGUUUGAGCUCGUCCACGCCCC